AUGGAAUCCCGAGAAGAAAUCGAGUCCAUGCGCGUCAUCGACCUUCGCGACUUCUUGCGCCGCAAUGGUAGCCUCCCCGCCGUCGUCACCCGCGGCGAUGGCACCCCGGGCGCCCCACGAAAGGCCGAUCUCAUGCGCGCUGCCCUCGCCAUAGAGGAAGCCCACCGCCAGGGACGCCCCAUCUCCUCCCUGGCAGAGCAGCCGGCCCUGGCCCCGUACACCCCGCCAAGCCCUGCCAGACGCAUUCAGCGACGUCCCGCCAACGACGACGACAACGACGACUUCAACAUUCCCAACCCCUUUCAGUCGGGCAUACCCACCCCGACAAGGACUAAGCCCAGUCGUUCCUCCAUCUCAGUGCCGUCCUCCCGCCCAAUGGCGGAAGGCCCGUUGGACCAGACCCCUGUCGCCCCGACCUCGGAGCGCCGCAAGAGACGGGCAAGCGCCGCCUGGAUCAACCCCGCGCUCUUUAAUAAGAUCACAUCCUCUACCGCCCCGAAGGCCGCUCAAGCCAACGACAAAACCUCCAAUGUCGCCCGCGCGGUCACCAUUCCGGAUGACAAGCCCAUCCUCGUCGAGGAUGAGGCCCCACCGCGUCCCGCCAUCGGUGGCUCCGCCAGACGUUCGAGGACACCCUCAAAACCUAUCCUGGCCACCCGCAAGAGCGUGCCCGCAGCCGAGGAGGUCAUCACCCUCGCCCCGUUGCGCGACCUCGACCUGCCAGAGGAAGACGACUAUGACGCAGACUUCGAUCCGGACUCUGAUAUCCUGCUCGAUGACCCGCUGGAUGACGACGAAUACAACUAUCUUGAUGUCCUCCCGUACAAUGACCCUCUGCUGCGCGCCUCGGGCUUGGAUGCCGACCGUCGUGAUGUUCUCGUCCACAGCGAUCACGACUCCACCAUUGACACCGAUGACGAGCUUGUUCAUGACCAGUUUUCAUCAUGGGACGUCUUCAGAUUGAGGAAAUGGCUGAAGGGCAAGAAGGUCCGAUAUCCCAGGGACGCUCGAAGGAUUGAUCUUGUUAGCCUUGCAAGGGCCCAUUUGUUACAGAUAGAGGCAUCUUCGCAGCAGUUCGUCGAGGAGGAUGUCAUCCGUCCGGCUACCAAGAUGGCGUCUGAGCGGAAAAAGUCGCAAUUGGCGAGGGGUAACCGCACCAUAUCCGCCCCGACAGAAGAUGAAGAUGAUACUGACUCCCCAAUUGAUGUUGAUGCCAUUCCACCAACUGUGCCGUCUAAAGUGCACCGCAUCAGGAGGGGCCGCACAAAAGGCCCGAGGAGGGUUCCGGUACAUCCACGACGACGUUUUCGAUUCAGCGCGAGCGCGUUCGUUGUUCUGUUGGGAUUCCUACUGUGUAUCAUGUGCAUCUGGUCUGCGGCUACGGUGUACCGAAGCCAUAUGAGACCGUUUUGUGAUACCCAUGUCCUGACAAGUAAGUUAUACAGCUUUGGGCGUUCGUAUGUGGAGAGACUUACGGAGACUUGGAACACGUUCUCCGAGCAAUGUGCCAAUUCUGCCGAAGAAACUCCAUAUAACUGGCGCCAAGACUAGCUUGUGUCAAUAGAGAGCUUCAAAGCAUGCCACGACUGUGUUUGUUGCAUUGCAUGCUUUAGUCUCUCACAGUGAUACCGUAAGCUAACAAGAUUCAAUUCCUCCCUUCUCAAACUGCAUUUUGGUUUCUGUCCAACCGCACUCGACUUGAAAUUGAUUAUUAAUAUCGAAUUUCCUCAUUUCUUCUGGUACUUCUACGUAUCGUUUGGACAGAUUGCACUGAUGUCGGGCAAGAGUGCCGGAGAUGCCCGCCGUAUGGAACAUGCAGCAACGGAAUAUUGUCUUGUGAUCCUGGUUAUGUUGCCCUGGGUGGGAAGGUAUGCGUUGAAGACCAGGAGAGUAGCAUUUUCGGUGAAGAACUGGCUAAUGACGCAUACACACUGCUUUCACAGUUAGCUGGCAGCGCCGAGUGCGGUGAGAUUACUUCGGGAGCACUCUCGCGGGGGGAGCUGAAGACAGCCUUGCGGUUGAAACACUCUGAAAGGCCAAGUGGAGGACCGUUUCCGUGGAGCGCGCGGACUUUUGAUCUUGCAAAGUUCGAGAUUGCGUUCGACAAAGCUGUGAAUAGACUCGAAGAUGGAGACUUCACGGAAGUAUCUGUAUCGGAAUUUGGUGAUUUCAAAUCGGAUUCUCCAGUUAUGUCUUUAAGCUGCGCUGCCAAGUUGUCAUUGCGCCGAAACUGGCGUGUCGUAUCAGCUUUUAGCGUGACUUGCCUGCUUCUGCUAUUUCUGAAAGUAUGGCUCUACAUCCGAAGACGACAGAAAGAAGAGCUAUAUGACGCCUAUCGGUUGGCAGUGGAUUAUCUGAAAACGCAGAAGAGCGGGUUUGUUCGUAGGGAAGAAGAACUUGCUUUCCUUUCUGACAUUGUCCUCCGACAAGAGGUGCUGGGAUCUCCAACAGAUAGGACAGUUCGAUUGUGGAAAAAGGUGGAGGAGCUACUCAGGGCUGACAGUCGAGUUGUCUGGAGUGCAAAUAGGGUUGUGAAGGGAUUUCCUUCUAACACUUUUGAAUGGCGAGGUCGACUCUCAAGUGGAGUUUUUAGCAGUGGUGGUAGUCUACGUAGCUUGGAUAGCACAAGUAUGUCUGACGGAGAGGCCAUGGCCCCAGCAAGCGAGUCAUGGCUGGACGGUGCUUGGGAUCGGCUUUUUAACAGAUACUGAUUUGAAGAUCCAUAGAUCGGGGGCCAAGGAUAUGACGAACGUAGCGCCAGUUGCUAUAUUAUUGGGUUGCGAGAAAUAAACUAUUCGUGCUGUGAUAAUUGCACUAGAA